UCCUUAGGAUAAAUAGUUUAUUCAUUUGAGAGGGAAAUAUUCAGCCAUGACGCUUUGUUGAUUGUAUUAUUUAUUUCCCGGCGUUUUAGUUUAAUUAUUGAAUGAAUUUUAUACAAAAAAUAAAUAAAAAUGAAUGAAACUAAUCCAGAUGAUCUAGAGAUGGAUAAGACGCUCGAUCCCAUCAGACCUUCGUCGCUGUUGACAGGUGAGAUGUCAUAUAUUUUUGGCCGGGAUCCUAGUAUUUUAUCAUUUGGACAGCGACCUGGACCAUCGGUGGAGGCUAAAAAAAAUUUAUAUUCAGUGUAUGAGGUUGAAGAAACCCAAAGUGAGACGCAAGCAAGUCUAGACGUGUCUUCAGCUCAAACAAUAAAAGUUUAUUUGCGGUUAAAACCAUUCAGUAAAAAACCAAAGCUUACUUCUGAGCAGGAAGAUGCCUAUCGUAUUACCAGCUCAACAUCUUUGCUUACAAAAUUACCUAGUCAGGAUAAUCACACCAUGUCUAUGAGAUCGUCAACAAUUGAUUUGGUUUGUCGCAAGUACACUUUCACAGAGACCUUCGGUCCUGAGACCUCGCAAGCUGAGUUUUUCAAUCGCGUUUUGCAGCCUCAGAUGCCCGAGUUUUUAGAAGGACACAAUGCCACCAUCAUGACCUACGGCACCACAAACUCCGGCAAGUCUUAUACACUACAAGGUACUGCAUCCGAACCAGGUCUUAUCCCCAGAAGUUUGGAGUAUCUUUUUUCCCAUAUAAUUCCCACGGAGAUACCCAACUACAAGCCACUCAACCACAGCGAAGUGAUAAAAUUAUCCUCAUUGGAAAAACAGAUUGAGGUGGAGAACAAAAGCAAGCUCGUAUCUUAUGGAGCGUCGGACCGUAAUCAGUACAUCGAUGCUUUCAAAAAAAUGCAGCAAGUACUUAAAAACGAAGCUGGUGAAAUGAAAUCCGACAUGCUGUCAGAUAAUCCAUGUGCUGUCUGGAUCUCAUUCGCGGAAAUAUACAACGAAACUAUAUACGAUUUACUCUCCAAUGACUCAUCUCAACGUCGUCCAGCUCUGAAACUUGCUACUGAUAGCCACGGCGCGACUUUUAUCAAAGGAUUGAAAUCUAUUUUUGUUACUUCCAGUUGCGAAGCCUAUCAAAUUUUAAUGGCUGGCCAGUAUAAUCUCAAAGUUGCGGCUACUGCACUUAAUGCUCAUAGUUCUCGUUCCCACUGCAUAUUUUCUAUUAAAUUGCUACGUAAUUUAUUGAAUAACGAUCCCAAGUCUGUAGAGAUGAGCACAUUCACAUUCUGCGAUUUAGCUGGAUCUGAACGUUUGAAAAAAACUCUAAACCAGGGCGAUCGUUUGAAAGAAGCAAAGAACAUAAACACAAGUCUUAUGGUACUGGGUCGUUGUUUAAAAUCAAUCUUUGAUGUUCAGACAGUGAAGCAGCAGCGGAGCGAUCUAAUUGGCCCAUUCCGAGAAUCAAAAUUAACUAGACUAUUCCAGACCGCAUUGUCGGGAAAAGAACCGAUAGCUUUGGUCGUAAACGUGAAUCCGUCACCAAAUUUAUACAUCGAGACUCAGAACGUAUUGAAUUUUGCCGCCAUGGCAAAAAAAAUAGUGAUUCAACCUAAAAUGAAAAAACGCAGAAAAUCUAAGACAAGAUUUUCCCAUCUCGUUUUGCAAAGCACGGAUACUGCAACUGAUUGGGAUGAACCGGCUACGGAAUGUGAUCUUGAGAGUAUCGUUGAGCAGUCAACUGAAGAAGAGUGUGCGUAUGUAGCUGCUGAAGACUACGAAGUACUCGUUGAAGAAAAUAGAAAUUUACGUAAAGAAAUUGAAAAGAUGAAAUCUUCUGCUUUUAAAAGAGAUCUUGAAACACGUGACGAGAUCAGUAAAUAUUAUUCCGCGGUUAUUAAGAGAAUGGAAGAAGAUCAUCAAUCAAGACUUAAUAAUGUCAAAGAUGAGCAUCGCACUCUCUAUGAAUGGGAACUGGAAACUUUGGAGACGUAUUACAAGAACCAAUUAGCAGCAGCAGCCAAAAGCCGUAAACGUAAACGUUCUGAACAAGAUGAUGAGGAUGAAGACGAUGAUUCAGAUGCGGAUGUUACGAAAGAUGAAAUGGAAAUUCAGAUAAAACAGUUGAAUCAGAAAGUUGAUUCUUUGAAGGAAAAAUUAAAGAAAACAAUUAAAGAGAAAGAUGAAGCGUUGGUAGAAAGAAAUAAAGCUCUCUAUCAGCAAAGUCUGGAUGCAGAGCAAAUAAAAGUGUCUAUGAAUCUUGUUGCCACUUUGGAAAACUCUUGCAUUGAAGAUAGGAGUGAAGUCUACGUCAAUCAGUUGAAGCAGGAACUGCACCAGUGUAAGCAGAAGAAAAAAUCUUAUGAGAAUUUACUAGAUCAAGCCAAGAAAGAUUUCAUUGAACUGCGUAAUGAAAUUGAUGGCAAAGAAUGUCGGAUCAAUAAACUGGAGAUUGAAUUAGCGCACAAGGAUGAAGAACUAGCAGAUUUAAAUGCUGUGUUAGAAAACGCUGAGGAGGUUGUGGCUCAGAAAGAAGAUUUGAUUCAAGAACGGGGAGAAGAAAUAAAAGCACUGGUCCAGCAGCUCCACGAACUGGAAAAUAAAUACGAUGAGUUGAAAAAAUUGUACAAAGAGAGUACUAAGGAAACAGUUCUUGAGAUCAAAGAGAGGACAUCUGAUGCUCGUGAUAUGAUAGAAGAGCUGGAAGAGAAAGUGGCGAGUCUCGAAAAAGAUAAUAAUCUGGUGAGUGAAAAAUUGUCGAGAAAAAUUUUCGAGGUUCAGGAAUUGAAAAAUAAUUUGAGGGAGAUCCAGAAUAAUUAUAAUGAAUUGAAGGAGCAACGUGUCAAGUUUGAUGCUGGUGAAGAGCGCGAUGACAAUAAGGAAGUUCGCGACCAUAACUGUCAGACUUCGCCGUCCACUUCAACUCAGAGUAAUCAAACCAGUUUCAGUGAGUCGGUUGAAAAUAAAUCUCUUCAAACUUCGUUGACUUUCGCUGAUGAUAAAGUUGAUGGCGAGGAAAAUCAGCUGGAGGAACUGCGGGAUAAGUAUUCAGAGUUGAAGGCUAAAUAUGAAGAGGAGCAGGAGCGUGUAAUAAAAUUAAAUGAAGAGUUGGAGGCACAUAAUGAAGAAAAUGAGAGGAUGAAGGCGGCGAGAGAUUACUACAAGGAAGACUUGUACAAUAUUAAUGAAGAGUUAACUGAAACGAAGAAAACUAUUACUAGUAUCAAGGGUGAAUUGGAUGAGAAAGAGCGCGUGAAAACUGAGUUGGAAUUGAAACUUGAAAAGUUGGAACAACUUGUCACGGUCCUUGAAGACGAAAAUAAAAAAUUGAAAGAAUUGAAAGAGUCUUGCGAAGAUGAUUUGAAUAAAAAGAAUGAAGAAUUAGCUCAGGUUAAGGAUAAAUUUGAUUCUGUUAAAAAUGGCCUGGAGGAAAAGGAACUUCAGUUGGAUUCUGUGGAGAAAAAGUUGGAGAUUAACAGAGAAGUGGAAGUAAAACUUAAUGAGUUGAAUAAACAGAUGGAGAAACUCGUUGAGGAAAAUAAAAAGUUGAAAGAACUGAAAGAGUUUUGCGAGAGUGAUCUGAGUAAAAAGAAUGGAGAAUUAGCUGAAGCUGAAGAUAAAAUUAAUUUUAUAAAGAAAGACUUGGAGGACAAGGAAACUCAGUUAGAUUCUCUGGAGAAAGAGUUGGAGAUAAAACAAAAAAUGGAGAUUGAAUUUGAAGAGUUGAAGCAACAAAUUGAGAAGCUCAGUAAUGAAAAUAAAAAGUUGGAAGAGCUGAAGGAAACUUGCGAGAAUGACUUGAGGAAAGUGAAGGAUGAGUUGUCCGAAGCGAGGAGACAAGCCGACGGCAUUAGGAAUGAGCUAGAGGAUAAGGAGUCACAGCUGGAGUCUAUCGAAAAGAAACGAGAGCUUGAAGGAAAAUUGGAUAUUAAAUUAAUCGAAAUGGAACAGAAAGUUGAGGAGCUUUCGAGUGAAAAUGAAGAGUUCAAGAAGUCAAGGGAAAUUUAUGAAACUGAUUUGAACUGCUGUCGGGAAAAACAUCUGCCGCGUAUCGCAGAACUGGAGAAGGCUGUAGACGAAGCUGAAGAAGUGGUGAAAAAUCUCAAGUCCCGGAUAUCGGAGCUAGAAAUCCUGCGACAAGAACUCGAGGAAUCGAAAAAAUCACUUGAGAGUAAAAUAGAAGAGUUAGAAAAAACAGUGAGGGAGAAAGAUAAAGAAAUUUAUGAUUUGCAAAAAGAAAUAAAAGGAUCAAUUAAAUUAGGAGCUACUGAUGAUCUGGAGAAGGAGUUAAAGCAGAUGAUAAAAGAACGCGAUGAAGCUAAAGAGAAAUUGUCUGAGUUGGAUAAAUUGAAUAAAAAAUUGCAAACUAAAAAUAAUAAUUAUGAUAAAGACAUUGAAGAAAUGAAAUCAACUGUCAAUUAUUAUAAAAGAGAACUGGAAAUAUUGAAGGAUUGUGAAGGCAGAUAUAGGAAUACGAUCGAUGAAAAAGAGCGGGAGCUCGAAAGCUUCAAAAAGAAUCGAGAUGAAAUGGUUAACAAAUCAGAGAAUUUAAUUAAAAAAUUGCAAGAAGAUUUGGAGAAAGAAAAAAGGGAAGUGAAGAAGUUUCAAGAUAUUUUCCUUGUUAAAGGUCACACGCCUCGGGAUAAAGGUGAUGAAUUCCGAGCACCGUCAAGCGAUAGAGCUCAGUUGAAAUUAAGAGAAAAUAAGCCACCUAAAGACACUAAAGAAGAGACGUCUGAAGACGAGUCCGUUACAGAACGUCGUGGCAGACGCGCACGAAAAGUACUCGAGCCGACGUCUCCCAAUCAUAACAUUCCGAUAGUAGAAAUUUCCGAAACAGAGUCUACGAGAUCAACGCGUAAAACAACAGCCAAGACGUCAUGCCCGUCAACCGGAAAAAGGCAAACUCGUGGAAGAAGACUGUAUACUCCUAUAGAAGAUGGCGUAAUCGUCAUACCAACAACUCCUGAGCCCCUCCCGUCACCUGCGUCGUCAACACGCUCCCUACGAACGCGCAGAAAUAAAUAAUAUAUGAAUGUAAUCCACCUAUGAUUAGAUUUAUUCAUAAAAUUAAUUUUACUUAAAAAAAUGCAUAUAUUUUAAUGUAAUUUUUAAAUAAUCAUCAAAUGUAUAAAAAAAAAUAAUCAAAAGCUCUCUUAAAAUAUAAUUAUUCUUAUCAGUUAUCAUUAAUAAUUAUUUAUAUUUUAUAUUUUAUACAAAUA